AUUCAAUCAAUGUUAUCGGUUUAUUUUUAGAUUACAAUUUAAUAAUACUCAGUAUAAUAAAAAAAUUAGUCAUGAGUAGUCAACUCACGAUGAAGCUAGUGAUAUCGAUACUUGUACUGGUAUCUUGUACAUUUGCGAUUGAAUUUAGUUUAAGAGCUAGAAACUUUAGCCUAGAAAUUUUAUAUCAUACGCAACGAGAAUCAGGUGGUCAUGUCGUUAUUUCUCCGCUUGGAAUCUGGUCAUUGAUGACAACGGUAGCAGUCGGUGCUGAAGGGAAAAGCCAAUCUCAAUUGGUGGAGGCUCUACGCUUGCCCAGUUCUCAGAUAAGUAUCGUGAAUGGAUAUCAAAGUUUAAUCAAAACAGUGUUAGAUACAGAAGAUGAGAGUGUGUAUUUGACAAGCCACAACUUCAUGUUCAUCGACGAAGCGUUUGAAAUAAAUCCACAGUUUAAAAAGAAAAUAGGUUCUGAUUUUAAAACAGACAUUAUAAAUUUGCAAUUUGGCUCGACGACUGAGGCAGCAAAAAAGGCGAACGAUAUUAUCAAGAACACCGGUGCAACGACAUCCGAUGUGUUUUCUCCAGGGGAUUUCUCUCAAGCGAGAUUUAUGCUCACUAAUGUAAUAAACUUCAAGGGACUUUGGAAAAUACCAUUUAACGAAUCCAAUACAAGAGUGGAACCAUUCUAUGACGAGAAUAAAAACAAAAUAGGAGAAGCUAAUAUGAUGUUCAAAGAAGACGCAGUUCGCUACUCCAACGUACAAACCUUGCAAUCUUUCGUGUUGGAGUUGCCGUAUGGGAACGAUGAUAAGUUCUGUAUGCUCCUUGUUUUGCCAUAUCAAAAUAUUAAAGUCACUGAAGCUUAUAAAAACCUGCAAAAGGUUUCAUUCCACGAAAUAUUUGACAAAUUGGAACAAGAUGAAGAGGAAUUCGGACCCGAGACUGUGGAGAUUAAACUGCCAAGAUUCAAAAUAUCAUCAAACGUUGUUUUGAACAAGCCGCUUAUGGACAUGGGAGUGUACGAUAUAUUUGACGAGGGCUCGGCUAAUUUCAAACCUAUUACAGAUAAUGAUAUAUUUGUUGCGGCGGUUGUACAUAAUGCUAAUAUAGAAGUGACUGAAACGGGCACAACAGCAUCUGCAGUCACUACAGCUGAAUUUCAAGACCGUAUCUCGACGCCUAAAUUCGAAGGAAAUAGACCCUUUAUUUACUUCGUCAUGGAAAAGCCUACCGCUACUAUCAUUUUUGGUGGAAUUUACUCCAAACCCUCAGUAUUUUAGAAAUUUUGUAAAUUACAUUAACAUAUAAUAAUACUAGCGACCCGCCCCGGCGCCACACGGGUA